UCAAAUCAAAAUGCAAACUUCUUCCAUCUUAAUCUCUCUCUCCCUUCUUCUUCUGCAAUUCUUUUCAUCUCAAGCCAUCACUUCCUCACAAGACAUCUCAGCUCUCAAAGCUUUCAAGGUCGCCAUCAAGCCGACUUCAAUACCGCCGUGGUCCUGCUUAGCCUCCUGGGACUUCUCCACCGACCCAUGUGCUCUCCCCCGUCGCACCCACUUCAUUUGCGGCCUUACCUGCUCUUCCGACUCCACUCGUGUCACCCAACUCACUCUUGAUCCCACCGGCUACUCCGGCCAACUCACCCCUCUCAUUUCUCAACUCACUCAACUCCUUAUUCUCGACCUCGCUGAUAACAAUUUCUUCGGUCCUAUUCCAGCUUCAAUCUCCUCUCUUUCCAAUCUUCAAACCUUGACUCUCCGAUCCAACUCCUUCUCCGGUUCCGUCCCUGACUCCAUAACCAAGCUCAAAAAGCUUGACGCUUUAGAUGUUUCACACAAUUCUCUAUCUGGGUAUCUCCCUAAAGGUUCAUAUUUAAUAUCAAGUUUGAGAAGACUUGAUCUGAGUUACAACAAACUCACCGGUUCAUUACCAAAACUACCUUACAAUCUACUAGAACUUGCUCUGAAGAACAAUUCUUUAUCUGGGGUUAUCUCAAAAACACCCUUUGACGGUUUGUCUCAGCUAGAAGUAGUUGAACUCAGUGAAAACUCAUUCACCGGGACACUUAAAGCUUGGUUCUUUCUUCUACCGUCAGUUCAACAGGUGAACUUGGCGAAUAACAAGUUGACAGGUGUGGAGAUCGCGAAGCCUUUGAAUGGUAGCAGCGACUUAGUGGCAGUUGAUCUCGGGUUCAACAAAAUCGAAGGGUACUUGCCCGAAAAUUUGGCUGAUUAUCCGCUUUUAUCGUCUCUGACAAUGCGAUACAACCGCUUACGUGGCACCAUCCCAAUGCAAUACAGUCAAAAGAAGUCGUUGAGGAGAUUGUUCCUGGAUGGGAAUUUCUUGAUCGGAAAACCACCAACGGGGUUCUUCUCCGGUGACGUGGAGGUUUCCGGUAGCUUGGGGGAUAAUUGUCUCCAUGGAUGUCCAGGUUCUUCUCAGCUCUGUAAUCCUUCUCAGAAAUCUUACUCUGUUUGUAAACAAGCUUAUGGUGGAAAACCGAGGUCUUAGAGUCAGAAUCUCAGUGAAUACUAUGACUUGUGUUUUA